AUGACGAAAUCCUCCCGCCGGAAAACGCCCGGCUCAACUCCGGCCUCAUCAGGCACCUCGACCCCAAACUCCGCAUCCUCCGGUCCUAUUCCUCCCUUUAUCAAGACUCCAAAUGUCUUACAACCCUUCGUUGAGCCUCUAUCUUCGGAUGAGGUAUACCUUAUACAUAUCGACACAACAUCACCCGAUCUCAAAUGGCAGACCUUCCUAGUUCCUUCGAUAGUGAACGUAGUGCUGGCCUUGGCGAUUGCCGCGCGUGUAUACUUCGGAAUCAGCACCUACCCAACACUUAUAAAGAAUUUCUUCAUGUUCCAAAGCUCGAUGACGGUUGAUGAAGCUUCCCUGUCAUGGUUGCAGAUGGCGCCACUCGUUCUCCGGCGGACAGGGACCAUUUUCAUUGACUAUGUCCUCGCGACACAGUUUUUGGCUUGGCCUAUAAAUUUCGUGCUCGGUCCCCUACGCUGGCGGCGUGCAAUCGGGUUCCGAGACCGGGAGAUCAUUGUCCGUCGCAGUAACCGCAGCUGGAGCAAGACGCUCGAACGUAACAAGUGGAUUCGUGAAAACGAGGCCAUGCGCGAUAAGAUCGUAGCUGCCGUGACUCCUGAGCGAAUUGGCAAAACAGGUUACUUGCUUGUUGACGAGGACUGGAAUCUCGACUACCCUGCCAUGACAUCCGCUCAUGCUUUGGUGGACAGAAUUACCAAGGGUGAUGGCGUGCAGUUGGAUGAGUUCCGUACUGCUGUGCUGGUUCAUACCGAUUCUGAUGGGUGGCUCAUCUGGCGUGUUGGGGAUGAGAACACUCCAGCUAACCGGCAACGCUCGGCGCAGCGAGAUCAAAUUUUGGCCUUCAAGGACAAGUUGACUGCGAUGGGCAAAGAGGAUUUGUUCUUUCGCUGGGUCGAGUUGGUGUCGUCGGAGAGUGCACAGCCUGGGGGCUUCACUCCGGAACGACAAAAGUCAGCGAUGUUCCAGGUGCAACAGAUGUUUAAGGAAGAAAACGUGGAUUUCAGUAACUUCUGGGAAGAUUUGGGUGGCAUGGAGGGAAUGGAAGGCCUAAGCUCUUGA